AUGGAAAACCCAACACAAGAGACUAUCCAUGCCCACGAAGCAGAUCGUCAAGCUCGCGAGGUCUAUCGGUAUUUCCAACCAGCCAACCCCGCCGCGCUUAACGCAGCAUGGCUUCCUCGCUCUGCUGCCUCCGAAUUUGAAACCGAAUCUAGCUCCCUGUCUAGUCCGAAUACGACAUUGACCUCGUUCGCACAGCAGGCAGCCAUACGCCUCAACGCACAGCGUGCCUUUAUCACUAUAUUGAAUCACGAUUCACAGUUCAUCAUAGCCGAAGCUACGAAGACUACAAAUAUUGGAAACUCGAAGUUGUACACGGCGGAGGGAGAUGGGCUUUUUGCCGGAACAUCGACUUUGCCAAACGCUUGGAACAUAUGUUGGGAAACAGUCGCAGUUGCCUCAGAAACGGAUGAUGGAACCUUCCCCGUACUGGUCGUCAACGAUCUUACACAGGAGGAGCGCUUCAGACAAUUGCCAUUCGUCAAAGGAGAGCCACACUCUCGCUUCUAUGCUGGAACACCCUUGAUCACCGACAGCGGUACUAAUCUAGGAUGCUUGUUUGUGUUGGAUACUCAACCCCGUGACGGCCUGUCUGACGAUGGGAAGGACGCACUAGGAACAGUGGCAGCGAUGGUCAUGGACUAUCUACACGUCAGCCGACGGGCCGUCGAAGGGCACCGCGCCUCGCGGCUGUCGCAGAGUCUGCGUUCUUUCGUUGAUGGCAAAUCCAGUUUCGCCGACAAUGACCACAUGUCUCGCUCCCAGAGCUCAAACUCUAGUUCUUCCUCGCGGGGAUCGGCGCACUCUCGGACGAGCCGAUCUGCCAGCUCUGAAAAUAGCGAUGCGCACUCUCAAAUUGGUGACCCUCGGUCUUCAAGCGCAGUUUCCAACGAGAAUUCAGACGUAGAGCCUUUUGCAAACGCAGCGGCUUCAUUCAGAAGCUCACGUCGAGGCGGCAGCAGUUCAUCGAUAUCCUCGGAUAGCAAUGACCGGAUUUUUCAACGAGCUGCAAAUCUUUUAAGGCAAGGUCUAGACUUGCACGGUGCUGGCGGCGUGAUCUUUCUCAAGGUCAGCGACGUCUCGCCAGAUUGUUUCUCUAGCGGUGACUCUACUUCUGUCAAUCCGAAAACUUCUGCGUCUGUUCUUUCCAUUUCCACCAGGAUUGAUCCAUUUUCGUCUCAGGAUAACUCUUUGUCGCCAUGCGCGGCUGCCAAUAUGGACAAAGAUUUUCUAUAUCGAUUAACUCGUCGCUAUCCCAAGGGAAGACUCUGGUCAUUUCACAGAGAUGGGUCUUUAUCCACCUCGGACGAAGAGCAUUCCACUACCGCAACUCAGAAACAACGGAUCAAGCACAAGGCCUCAGAAACCUUUAAACUCAAUUCGUAUUUUCCUGAUGCGUGCCAAGUCAUGUUUGUUCCCUUAUGGGAUGCCACCAAUUCUGAGUGGUUUGCUGGAUGCUUCUGUUGGACACCUCAACCGACAAGAGUUUUCAGUCGGGCUGUUGAUUUGACCUCAAUAUUUGGCUUCGCAUCGUCCAUAAUGACCGAAUACAGCCGUGUUGAAUCGGUCAUCGCAGACCGCCAGAAGGGGGACUUCAUAAGUAGCAUCUCACACGAGCUUCGCAGCCCCCUGCAUGGUGUCUUGGCUGCAACCGAAUUCCUGGGAGACACUCAGCUGGAUGAUUUCCAGGAAUCUCUUAUCGAGACUAUCAAUGCAUGUGGGCGAACACUAUUGGAUACGAUGAACCAAGUGCUAGACUUUAGCAAAAUCAUGUCAUUGGAAAGGCGGAAGAGAAGGUCCAGGCGCCGAAAGGAUUUCUCAAAGCUAAAGUUUACCGAGCAAAACCCAGCGCGCAUGGAUCAAUUCGUGGCGACUAAUAUUGCCACAUUGACAGAGGACGUUGUUGAUAGUGUGUGCUUGGGACAUUCCCAUAUGAAACAGUCUGCAUCGCUAGCCAAUCAUUCCAAACUUAUUUCACGGAGUUUGCCUACCCAACUGGUAAGAGAGGACGAGGAAGUCACCUCCAGUCCAGAUAUCGAGAUUGUCAUUAAUAUUACCAACAACGACUGGGUAUAUAAAGUUCAGCCAGGAUCGCUGCGGCGCCUCAUCAUGAACCUUCUCGGUAAUGCUCUCAAGUAUACCGAGAAGGGCCUGGUUUCAAUUUGCGUGGAGGCCACUCAGUGUCCGAAAGGUCGUUCGCGGCGUCAGAAUCCCGAGGAUAUGGUAACCUUGACUAUAUCCGACACAGGGAAAGGCAUUUCGAGCGAAUACCUACGGACUCGUUUAUAUACUCCAUUUUCGCAGGAGGAUACGCUGUCAGUGGGUACCGGCCUUGGUCUGUCAAUUGUUCGCGGCAUUGUGGAUAUACUUGACGGAAGUAUCGACUUUCAAAGCCGAGUAGGCGAAGGCACUGUGGUCCAAGUCUCGAUUCCUCUUGAGCGUCUAACCGAGGAAGAAUAUUCAUCAUCAAUUGAUGUGGAUUGCGCAGGAAAGUCGCCUAUCCCGUCCACACAACUUUCUUGUAUGGGGUUAACGAAGAGUUGUGCUGCCUUUUGGGGAAUGGACUCCUCCCUUAUCGGAAAUCAGUUCUGGUCUUCGAUCGCUCAGUAUUUGAUGGAUUGGUAUGGCAUCAAGGUCGUGCCUUGGUCUGCCAAUGAAUAUAUUGAUUUUGUAUUUGUUAACGAGACCUACUUGUCCGACGAAAAGGUACGGCAAUCACUUACUGGAUCACCAAAUUUGCUCGUCUUUUGCAAUGAAUGGGACAACUCCAGUGACCCUAGGAAAAAGUGGUCACACCUUGCUGGGGCUUUUAGCGUUCUACGUCGACCUUGCGGUCCACAAAGACUCGCAAGAGGUAUCUUGGGCUGUCUUAAUUCGACACCGGCGUCUCCUAGAUCGCAUCUACCUACUGCCGGAUCAGAAUCUGCCUUUCCGGAACGACUCAAGCUUGCACGCCCGCCUCCAAUGGCCGAGACUUCCACACAUUCGUCACUUGGUCAUCCAGAGAAACCAGCUGCUGAGUCAUUGGAUUUCACACCAAACCUACACUCACAUGUUGGCUCCGUCAGGCGUGAUAAUCCCGUGCUACUUUCAGGGACAGAAAUAUCCGGUCGUACCACGUCGUCUACUCUAUCGAAUUCUUCCAGCCUAAAUCCUACUGGUACGCCAAAUGAGAGCCAGAGCGGACCUCGGGUCUUGCUGGUAGAUGAUAACGAUAUCAAUCUCCGCCUGAUGACGACUUUUAUGAACAAACGAAAGGUCCCGCUUUUGGAGAUAGCACAAAACGGCAGAGAAGCAGUAGAGUGCGUCGAGAGGAUGUCGAAGGGGUAUGACCUCAUUUUCAUGGAUAUUUCCAUGCCCAUCAUGGACGGAAAUGAAGCAACGCGCAUCAUUCGCACGAUGGAAAAAGCACGGGAUGGGUGCGUUCGGGCAAAAAUAAUUGCUUUUACUGGCCUUAGUAGCUCCCAUGCGGAGAUCAAGGCGCUAGACUCAGGAGUGGACCUAUUUCUUACGAAACCUGUCUCGUUGAAGGAAGUAUCGCGAUUGCUUAAUGAGUGGGAAACUGAACAACCAAAUUGGAAAUAA